AUGUCUUGCCGAAAUACCCCACGUACACCAAAAAAUCCCUUAAAAUGUGCAACGCCGAAGUCUUCAAACAAGCCGCCGAGAAAACGCGAAGUUUCAAAUGAAGCCGGAAGCACAGGAAAAUUCCUCAAUACUGCCUUCAGUUUGGAGAGUAGGAGUGCCAGGAAGAGGGCAAAUCCCCCAUCAAAUGAUCCUUUUCAAACACCAACUACCACCCCGAAAAGGGAGAAUCCCCGAUACUACUUCACGCCCGAAUGUUUUGCAAAUGUCUCAUUGGAUGCAUCCGUGAGAUCAGCCAGGAAAACACCAGCUGCACAGGAACAGGAGCCUGAAGUCAGCAAUCUCACAGUUGCUGUGAGAGUGCGUCCAAUGAAUAAGCGUGAGCUGACAGUACCAUCAAUAAGCAAUAUUAUCCAUGUGAAAAACAAUGAGGUCACUGUACUGGCGGGCUCAUCUGCUGAUAGUUCAGCUGGAAUCACACGGGAAUUCGCCUACGACUGCGCCUUCUGGUCGUGCAAUUCUCAGCAUCAAGAAUACGCAGAUCAAAAGGUGAUUUUCGAAAGUAUAGGAAUGCCACUCGUGGAUAAGGCAUUCGAAGGAUACAAUGUUUGUCUCUUUGCCUACGGACAAACAUCAUCCGGGAAGAGCUACAGCAUGAUGGGCAUCGAUGCAGAUAAUACCGACACAAUUGCACCAAAUUCAGAAGCUGGAAUUAUUCCGCGCUUCUGCCAUGAACUCUUUAGGCGUAUUGAAAGCAUGAAGAAUUCAACUUUGGCUGAAGUUGAAGUGAGCUAUUUUGAGAUUUACAAUGAGAAAAUUCAUGAUCUCUUGAGUGUCACAUCGUGCCUCAAUACCACUCCCAGUAGUGGCAAGAAAAGUGCUCUUAAGGUGCGAGAACAUGCCCUCUGGGGUCCCUAUGUGGUUGACUUAUCAGCUCAUCCUGUGGAUUCAUAUGCAGCCUUGAAGAAUUGGAUGAUUCUGGGCAAUAGUCAGAGGGCUACAGCAACAACUGGGAUGAAUGACAAGAGUUCGAGAUCUCACUCAAUUUUCAAUAUUGUCCUGAAUUUCUGGGAACGCGGAGAUGAUAAGCGUCAGCAGACACGACGCAGCAAAAUCAGUCUUGUGGAUUUGGCAGGGAGUGAACGGAUGAAUCCUACGUGUGCAAGUGGGGAUCGCCUAAAGGAGGGCAUUAGUAUCAACAGAAGCCUCCUGACACUAGGAAAGGUCAUAGCUGCACUGGCAUCGUCGAAGAAGGGAACACUAGGGCAUAUUCCUUACCGGGAGUCAAUUCUCACAUGGCUUCUUAAGGAGAAUUUGGGUGGCAAUUCCAAGACCGUGAUGUUAGCCACGAUUUCACCGGCUAGCAUUCAUUUGGAGGAGACUCUUGCCACAUUACGAUAUGCCUGCCAGGCUCGGGCUAUUGUUAACCGCGUUAAGGUGAAUGAAGAUCCACAUGAUAAGAUCAUCAGGGAAUUGAGGGCAGAAGUGGAACGGUUGCAAGUGCUACAGCAGGACUAUGAACGUCAACGACAGAGACAAACAGUGGCAGACGCUGGAACAGUUAGGCAUAUUGUGAUUGAGACAUCAAGUGCAGUGGAUGAGCAAGAAUUGGAGAGGCUACGGAGGGAAUUGCAGCAGUCUAAACAGGAAUUAGCCAAAGCACAGAGAUCCUGGAUGGAUCGACUGAACGAGGCUGAAAGCAUUCGAAAGAGUGAGAUGGAAAUGCUAAAGCGAAAAGGACUUACACUGAAUACAGAUAGAUCUCGCAAAGAACCGUGCCUUGUAAACUUGGAUCCGGAUCAUAUUCUUUCGGGAACUCUCGUUUAUCCCCUUCCGCUUGGUCUUGUUAAAAUAGGCAGGCAUCAUCCAACAUCCAAGGAUCAACCAGAUAUCAUCUUGGAGGGCCCUUUGGUUGCAUUCAAUCAUUGUUCCAUCGAGAACACCCAUGGAAUCCUCUUCUUAACACCUUCGUCCCUGGAAUUUGAGACUUUUGUGAAUGGUCAGUUGAUUGUUGAGCAGAUAGAACUGCAUCACGGCGAUCGGGUGGUCAUUGGAGGAUCGCACUAUUUUCGUGUCUCAAAUCCUAGUGAAGGGAUUUCUGCUGGUGUUUCAUUUGACUUCCAUCAAGCUCACCAGGAGAUCCAGGAGACACAGGAGAGACGUCUGCGUGAGGAGGUGAAUGCGGUAAAGCGGAGUGCUGAGAAGGAGAUGCAGGAGGAAUUGGAUACGUUGCAGCGUGAAGUGGAGAGAUUGAAGAGUCGAAAGGAAUUUGUGGAGGCUGAAUUGGAGAUUCUCAAGGUUUAUACGGAGAUGCCUGAAGAGGAAGUUGUACCCAGUCGGUAUAAGUCCAAUCUGCUGGAUGAUCUGCAGAAUAUCAUGACACGUCCCAGUGAGGAUUCCCUCCACAAGAUUCAGUUGCACGUGAAGGAGGCAACACAGAGAUGUCGGGACAUUGGACUGAUGGACUAUGAAUUCCGACAGAGUCAGGUUUGCGAUGAAUUGGGAUUAUUUAGGGCUGUGGUGAAUAUUGUGGAUAGAGGAAAGCGUCAAGUGGCUGAAUGGCCACCGGCGCGUCUUGAAGUGUGGCUGAAUAUGAUGAGAGAGGCUGAAAUGGAGCCAGCAAAAGUAUUUGACUGUAUGGAGAUGGAUUGGAAGCCUUUGGAUGAAACCAAUGAGAAUGCUCUCAAUGAAUCCAUUAAUUCUGGAAAGAGGAUUUCAUUGAAUUUGAGUGGUCGUAUGGGCAAUAGAACUCCACCAUCCCGAAAGACGGCAAAUGUCAAGCCAGCUCUAAGGGCAUUCCAUUCGUCAGUACAGAAGAAACUCUUUGCUGAGAGCCCUAAUGAAAACAUUUCUCCCCUCAGUGAACGUUUGCAGACUCCUGGAGAUUUUGUCAGUGCAGCCAGACCCUUCCUCAGGGAUCUCAAUGUAGCCACAAAUUGCCUGAGAAAUCUCUGUCACGAUGAUCGAGUGUCCAGCAGAAGUCGACAGUUUCUCACUCUGAUCGAUCAUAUGGACAAUAUUGUGGGACAGAUGACACAACUCCUCAGGGAGGAAGACUCAAAUGCCAAGACUCCAAAGACUCCAAAAUCCGUGAGGUUCCUUCUAGAUUAAUGGAAUGGAUAUAUUUGGUAGUGAAUUCCACCUCGAAUAUUUUGGCAAAUAAGUUAAAGAAGCUUUUCUAAAUUGCUUGGCCUGCUUGGCCUAUCUUUUGAAAUUUUCCAGUUUUGAUUUACGUUCUUAUGAAUAAAGAAUUUCAUAUCCUUCAAA